CAUCAGCAACACAUAAUGGCUCUCAGUUUCAACUUCGACAAAGAAGCACACCAGGUACUUUUCACUGGAAAUUCUUGUGUAAAGACAGUGACUCUGAACAGAACCCAGAAGCUCAAUACCUUAAGUUUUGAUAUGAUUUGUCAAAUAAAAAGAUAUUUACAAAUGUACGAGAAAGACCCUUCCGUGAAACUUGUCAUAUUAAAGGCUAAUGGAAAAGCCUUUUGUGCUGGUGGUGAUAUUGUGUCAGCAACCGUGUGUUCACUUGCAGGACACUGGACCUCUAGUUUGUUCUUUUACAAGAAACUGCUUGCUUUGGUCUAUUUAAUGGCAACAUAUGCAAAGCCUACUGUGUCUCUCAUCAAUGGAAUAGUUAUGGGAGCUGGAGCAGGCCUAUCCAUGAACACGAAGUUUAGGGUUGUCACUGAAAAAGCAAUAUUUGCGAUGCCAGAAGUAUCCAUUGGACAUGUUCCAGAUGUUGGUAGUUCAUAUUUUCUUUCUAGACUACCAGGCUAUUUUGGUGAGUACAUUGGACUGACUGGUGCAAGGCUAGAUGGAGCAGAAAUGGUAGCAUGUGGCUUAGCUACUCAUUUUGUCCAUGCAGCGAAGCUAAAUACAGUAGAAAGUCUUCUACAAAAUGUUACUUCGGAUGUAACAAUGGCGACACUUAUAGAAACAUGCACAGAUAAAGCAGUUCUGAAGGAAGAUAGUUCGUUUAAAAGAUUGGAGACUAUAAACAAUUGUUUCUCAAAAGAGACUGUGGAAGAAAUCAUUAUAUGCUUGGAAAAGGAAUUAGAAAAUGGAGCAGAAGAAUGGAUAAAAAAUGCAUUAAGUUCCAUGAGUUCGUCUUGUCCCUUAAGCCUCAAAAUAUUUCUUAAAUCGAUAAGAUUGGGCCGUGUUCAAAACUUUAAACAAUGCCUUUACCGGGAUUACAUUAUUAGUGCUCACCUGCUAAGAAGAACUGUUAGCAAUAAUUUCUACGAGGGUUCAAGAGCAAAGCUGUUUAGCAAAGACAACAAACCAAAGUGGGAACCAUCGAAGUUAGAAUUGGUUAGCGAUGAAAUGGUUGAUCAGUGUUUGAGAAAUAUCGACGACGAGGAUUUGGAGUGUUUGGAACUUCCUGAUCAUAGAAUUGAAAGCAGAUUGUAG